ACCCAUAAACACACGCAGUGAUUCGAAUUCGAAGCUGGUAAGCAAGCAGUAGACAUGGAAAUCGACCACAAAUCAGCUGAAAAAAUGAAGGAAGACCUGUUUAAGGCGGCCGAAUCGGGCGAUUUCUCGGUUUUUAAAUCGCUCUCUGAAGAGCAGCUAGGCGAAGCCAGCCGUGUCCGUAAUGAAGACGGUCGUUCUAUCCUCCACGUAGCCGUUUCUUCGUCGAAGACCGAGGUUGUUGAAGUCCUAGCAUCUGCAAUUCCUUCAAUUGUAAAUAGCUGUGACGAAGAAGGCUGGGCACCUCUGCACUCCGCUGCAAGCAGUGGCAAUCUUAAGAUUGUGGAAAUUCUACUCACCGCCGGUGCCGAUGUGAAUAUGAAAAAUGACGGUGGCCGAACAGCUCUCCAUUAUGCUGCCAGCAAAGGUCUUCUGAAAAUAGCUCAAACUUUGGUUUCUCAUGGUGCAAAACUCAAUGUCAAGGAUAAGUUCGGAUGCACUCCACUGCAUCGUGCAGCAAGCACCGGUAACAUAGUGUUGUGUGAAUUCUUGAUUGAGGAAGGAGCAGAGAUUGAUGAAAGUGAUAGAGCAGGGCAAACUCCACUCAUGACAGCAGUAGUAUGCGAUGACAAAGAUGUUGCUCUCCUCCUUAUAAGACAUGGGGCUGAUGUGGAUGCCAAAGACAAAGAAGGAUACACCGUUCUUGCUCGGGCAUCAACUGAUUUACGCGCCAGUUUAGUUGAUGCUGCUCAAGCUAUGCUCGAAGAGUGACAACAUAAUGAUACUCCUUACUCCUUAGGGACUUACAUUUUCAUUUUGACGCCUUACUAUUAUUUUAGUGCUUUUUCGAAGCUUUGAGUUUGACUUUUGCCUGGUUGGCUGGUUCUGGAAAUUAAUUUCGAAUACUCCAUUACAGUCGGAGACAAAGUCGCAAGUUUUACCCAAAGCUAUGAAUGCCUUUGAGCUUA